AUGGACACUGACUCCAUUCUGAAGCAAGCUGCACACAUGAGACCGUCCUCUUUCUCAGUGACAGAGAAACAGCGCUACAGAGCUGAGAAGAUGCUCAUGAGGCAGUUUGUGAUCAUGAAGCUGCAGUAUCAAGUUCCCAUUUAUUUAUCUGAUAAAGACAUGAAGAGCUGGCUGCUGGCUGGAAGAAGCUUCCUGGAAGAGUUCCAGGAAAUAACUAAAGUGGCAGAGACAAGGAAGCUCCUUGUGGCUGAAUUGGCCUGGACCUCAGCAAGGCGCGUCUGUGUGGACCAGAUGGAGAAAGAGGUCUGGGAAGAACUUGAAGAAGAGAACCGCCUUUCGAGGCAGCUCAGAAGAAAGGUCACAUUGGAGGGUCUUCGAAUGUUUCUCUCAGUCAUCCGCCCGAAAGCAGAGCAGCAUGUACAAACCUUCCUCCGCCACCUGUCCAACAAGCUGCUCGACUCCUUCGUUGGCUCUCACACCAGCAAGCGUUCCAAACUGGCUCUGCUCGCCAAGCUCCAGCAGACCACUGAGCCUUUAGCACCGCAGGUGGUGGACACAGCUCUGGAGUUCCUCCUGGAUGAACCAGAGCCACUUGCUGAGGUCAGGACCUCCCAGACUCAGAGUGCGAGCUGGGACUCCAGUCUGGCCUCUGCUCUGAGGACCAGGGCUGAGGCUGCCAGCGCUCACACUGGCCAACAGCUGGCUGAGGCAGUGGCUACUUGCUUCUGUCUCAAUACAUUUUUCACUAAAGCUCGUCUCCUGUGCAUCUGCACGUCAGCGGCCCGGGACAUGGUCAAAGCCGUUUAUAAAAGAUUUGUUGACCGCUCCAAAACCUUCAACCUCAUGGACUUUGAUGAAAGCUCCAUCAGUGCUAGAGAGAGCGUUGUGUGUGCUGUCCAGGACAUAGAAGACAGAGUGCAGAGUGCUGCAUACAGCUGGGCUCUCCAUCAGCUGGAGAGGAAACCCAUGGCUCCAGAGUUGUGCAGUGCUGCUGCAGAAAUGCGUGAUGAAAAGGACAAAGAGGAGAAGAAAGGAGUGCGUCUCUUCUUCAGACGAAUGUGGAAAAAGAUGAUGAGCCCGCUGUCCCCUGAGGAGUGA